AGGCUCCAGUUACAGUCGAGGCGCAAAGGAGAAGGCACACGAGACGCACAAGACAAAAACGUAAAAAAAAAAAACUGCAGAAAGAGACUGGGUUGUGAGUGCAUUUGAAGAUGACUUGAAAAAUCAGACAUCAAGAGAAAUAGCAGGGGAGGAAAAAGGAAGGAGAGAGAAGGAGAGAGGAUGACGCUCUAGUGGAAGGUGGCUACAUUAGGCAGUGGGCGUGUUCUUCUUGUUGUGAUCUAUAGUUGGGAAGCCCGGUGUCAUCUGCUCAAGCACAGAUCGACUGUGCAGACCUGUGUGGCUGAGCGGGACAGAGGGAACAGGCAGGGAAUGCCAUACCUGGAAACAUACAUUACUUUGCUCUACCUCAGUCAUAACCUUGCGGGCGCCGUGGAUAAGGACUCCUUUCACCUGUGCGACACUUUAAUACAUUAAAGCGGAAGAAGAGACAUUCGGGGAAAGAAGCAUUAGAAGGACUUUGAGUGCCUAAUCUGCAACUGCAGUGGGAGUUUUAUGUGAGAGCAUGUGAGCGUGCUAGUGUGCAUUUGUGUCAUGCACACUGUUGCGGGUGCGGUCGGUUGCUAUUCUGCAGCUUCUUUCCGUCUUUAGCAUGUGCAGAUGUGUGGACAAGUGAAGCUGGCACCUGGCUUGGAGUUUGGCAUCAUCUGGAUCAGAGGGGUCGCAAUCUCCCUUUUCUGCCCAGGGAAGGGGGCAUUGGGCUGGGCACCCAAUGGCCCAGCUCCCCUCUAGCACCAUCCUUCUCCUGGGUCACAGGGACUCCUUCUAGCAGGCCAAUCAGUUGGACCAUACAAUGGAUGGAAGUCUAUGUGGAUUUAAGUGGAAUAGUGCACUGGUGCUCCAGCUUAGGUCAGAGUUCAUUAACAUACAGUGGACUCAUCAGGCAAAGACAGAAGAUACGUUGGUCCACAAACCAGCAAGGACACAGAGCAAUUAAUGCAGUGGAAAGACCUGAAGAAUGAUGAGCUCCAAAGAGGAGGAAACUCUCAGUUUUUUCCAAUAUGUUGAGGAGAAUGGCCUGAGAGCCUACAACGGCCUGGUAGCUCAGAACUUGGACCACGCCAGGAAUGAGAGAAAUAGGGCAUUCCUGCAGGAAAAAAACGACAAGAAGAGAAAACAGGAGGAAGCCAUAAGGAGAACGGGUGAAGACAUAGCGACUGAAGGCAAGCACUUGCGUAUGGGCUCAAUAACCAUGCCGGAUCCCCAGGAACGCAUGCCCAUUCCCCACCUGCAUGCCAUCGCCUGUGGACAGGGCUUCUCUGUACGAUCCCAGUCCCUCCACUCUGUCGGCGGUGGGAACAGUGGGGGCGGAGGAGAGGAGGAAGUGGGAAGUCCGACCUCUAGGAAACAGCCCCCACCUAAGCCCAGGAGGGACCCGGCCACUAAGCUGAGCAUGUCGUCCGAGGCGGUAGACCACAGUCCCAUGUCCACCUGCCGUGGGGAGCGAUGUGACGCAGCUCAAGGAUGCAGCGAGGACUGCAGAAGGGUGCCGCCACCUAAACCCAAGAGGAACCCCAACACACAGCUGAGUGUUUCCUUCGAUGAGUCCUACAUUAAGACCCAUGCAGGCAGCGGGGUCUGCCCCUCCAAACCCCUUCACCACGUCACUUCCCCUUCCGAACGCAACCCUUCGCCUCCACAGAGUGAUGAGAGCCCUACAGAUGACUGUGAAGAUGAGCCUGUCUAUAUAGAAAUGGGCGGGAUUGAUGUUGGAACAAGAGAACCCUUGAAGAGUGAGGAUGAGGAGCCAGGAGAGUCUGUUUACGAGGAAAUGAAGUACCCAGCUCUGGAUGAUAUGGAGUACCGCACUGACCCCGUGGGAUGCCGCUCCGCAUGCCCCACCCCGGCACCCUAUGACCCUGAGCCUCUCAGUCGUUGCUCCACACCUCGAAACAUUCCCCUCUGCGACAUUCCUGCACCUUUUCCCAAUUUACUCACCCAUCGACCUCCACUGUUGGUGUUCCCACCAGCACCGGCCCAGUGCUCGCCCAACUCAGACGAGUCUCCCCUCACCCCUUUAGAUGUAGCCAAAUUGCCAAUGCUGGAGAACCAGUCCUACAGCAAAUCCCCCACCUCUUCCACCGAGCUGCCCUCCUCUGCACAUAUCCGUAGGGAGCUCACUGCCACCCCAACACUCACUGUCUCUGGCCGCUCCUCUGCGCCUCCUCUACCCUGCACCCUCUACAAAUCCUCAUCAUCAUCCUCCUAUCAGCGUAGCCACUCAGCUUGCCCGUCGCCGGUCAGCAUGGGCCGUUGUCUCACUCCCCUGAGCCUUAUGCGUACACCUCCCUUCGAUGCUCCUGUGCCAUUCCCUGGUGGUCUGCCGCGGAGUGCUUCUGCCACCCCUCACGGCAAAGGCUCGCCACCUCAAGACAGCGUAGGAAGACUCCAUGGCUCUAUGCAGAAUGUGUCAACAGGGCGUUCACGGACACCCACCAGUCCACUUGAUGAACUAACCAACCUGUUUACCACAGGCAGGAAUAUGCUGAAGAAAAACACCAGUGGCAGGAAGUCUAAAGAGCCUGGAGAGACUGAGUCCAAAAGCAAGUCGCAUAGUGAGUCCAAGCGCGAAGGAAAGGAACGGCACAGUCACAGCAAGGAGUCCAAGAGAGAGUCCAAGGAGCGCCACAGCAAAGAGUCCUCUCAUCGAAGAGACAGAGACAAAGACAGAGACAAAGAUAAAGACAGAGACAGAGGAAGUACCAAUGUAGAACCUCUGCCGCACAGACGCAACAGUAAAGACCGCACUUGUAGCAGUGUAGAUACGCCACCUGUUCGCAGGGACAGCAGGGACCAGGGCUGCAGCAGUGUAGAGCCCAUCCCUGUGAGACGGGACUCCAAAGACAGGGGCUGCAGCUCCUUAGAGCCGAUCCCUUUGAUAAGAAGAGACUCCAAGGACAGAGGGAUUAGCAAUGGUGACCUUUUGCCAAGAAGGGACAGCAAAGAUCGUAGUGGGGGACAUGGAAUGGAGUCUUUGCUGAGACAGGACAGCAAAGAUAGACUGAUAGAUCAGCCACCUGAGCUGUUACCAAGACAGGACAGCAAGGAAAGGGCACGAAACGGUGUAGAUUACAGACAUGAAAGCAGAGAGAGACUGCUGGAUCAGCCACCUGAGCUCUUACCCCGGCAGGAUAGCAAAGAGCGAGCCAGGAACGGUGUGGACUCAAAGCACGAAAGUAGAGACAGGCCACCUGAGCUUCUUCACCGACAAGAGAGCAAAGACAGGGUUAGAACAGGACCAGAAUAUAAGCAUGAUAGCAAAGACCAUCGUCCUGAUUUGUUACCCCGUCAGGAGAGCAAAGAGAGAGAAAGGAAUGAAAUAGAACAUAGACAUGAAGGUAGAAUUGACCAGCCACCAGAGAUCCUACCGCGACAAGAAACUUCCAGAAGCACCAACAGCAGGGACAGGGUUGGGUCCAGCUCUGAAUCCAAGUAUGAAGGGAGAGAUCGGAGUUGCCUCAAUGGAGGAGAUCCUCCUCCUCCUCCUUUACCCAGACAGGACAGUAAAGAUCUGAGCAGAACAGGCCUUGAAGUGAGAAGGGAUAGUAAAGACAGAAGUCUCAAUGGCUCAGAGCAGCAUCAUUAUGAUGUCAAGAACACCAAGAGCCCUUCUGCAAUGGAGUAUAGGUCUGAUAAUAAAGAGCGAGGAUACAGAUCAGAUGGCACGCCCCGACGAGAUAACAGAGCAAAUUACAACAUGGACCAGUCAAAAGCACAAGAGAGGAAUGGCAGCACAAUGUCAGGACAGCACUCAUCAACAACAACACCUACUCACCAUGGCAGAUCAUCAGGAAGUCCACCGAUGACCGUGGCAACAGGAAAUGAUAUGAAAGCAGCAUCCAAGUAUGGCCGCUCACCUUCUAUGCCUGCUAAUCCUUCUCCAAUGGGAACUCCACAAAGGAGAGCAGCAGAAACACAUCAAAGCCAGAUGCCCCAGAUGCCGUGGAUAUGUGGAGACACCACUAUGUUAGAGCAGAUUGAGAGGAAGCGCACCCUCUGUAUGGAGAUCCGCGCCAGACAACAUCCACACUUGCAGAGAUCUUUGGAGAAGCCUCCUCCUCCUCCUCCAGACAGGAAUGAGGACAGACACCAAGAACGAAGUCAGUGCAAGCAAGAAAGUGCAUCUGUCCUCCCAGGCUGGGGGAAAAGCAGCGGGACCAAGAAGAUCCGUCCUCCCCCUUACCCCACACAGACGACUGUAUUCUGGGACACAGCCAUCUGAAAUUAACAAGAAACUUAGACCUCCCUGCCACACAACCCACAAUUACCCAGUCCCUCUCCCUGCCGGGUUGUACUGAUUCUUUCCCUGCAACACCAGGGGCUUCAGGGCAGCCGCUUAGAGGACCAGAGGGAUGAAACUCGCUGAUGUCAAAGGACAAUGGUGGUUACCACAGCAAUAUUUCUGCUUGUUCAGGUUGUCAUGUUUUCUUAUCAUCACUGGUGAUAUUUGAUAUUUUUCUAUUUCCUGUGACUGGACUCUUGUAAUAUAAUUAGUAGAGUAGAUAUUUGAUGAUGAAUAGAUAUUUUCUAAAUGAGAUGAUGGGGAUCAAAAAGCAGCUUAAAUUAUGUAUAGUAGAUGUAGAUGCAAUCUAAUAUUUGUUUUUAUGUUAUUUUUGUUUAGGUUAUUUUACAUUUGAAAGCAUAAUCUAUCAAUACUUGUACUGUAGUAGCAUAAUUUUCUUAUGCCCAACUCUUUUUUUCUGUGCUCAAAAGCACUAAAAUGAAUGGACUAUUCAAUUCUGUCUAUAUAUACUUUACAUUUUCACUGUUGUAUUGUAAGUUGAGGAGUUAACGUCAACGUGCUUUAGAUUCCAGGGUUCUCCAUGCCUGGUCCAGUAUGUUCUAGAAUGUACAACAGUCGGUCCUAGAACAGAAACAGGAAACUUUGUGUGCUUCAGUUUGUAUAUUACGGUAAGAAACUGUGUAGUCACUAUGUCAAAGCCUUUUGAAGCGGCCGAAUCGUUUUAUAGGGAAACCUGUUGGCAGGCAUGUUGUAGAGGACAGAGAAAGUGAGAAAUGUUUCUGCUGUAUUCAAAGAUACACUAUGAGGGCGGGUUGGGGAGGUAGUAAAUUAGAACAUACAUUAUUAACAGUAUAAUUUCCAAGACCAGCCAAAGCCUGUAAAAGCGAGAUAUGGGUGUGGUUGCACUUUGGGUAGUUGGUUAUUUAAAACGGGGUUAGCGGCAAUAGCUGGCGAGUACCAGCACCCUUACAUUGCCAUGCACACUGCGAGCACCAUGACAGUGUAAAUACUUGAUGCCAACGACCGGCCCGUACAAUCAACACCUGAGCUUUUAGAAGAUUCUUAAUUUUACUGCAGAUUAUAAUAGCCAUAUGCACUUGCUUAAGAAAUAACUUUCAAGAUUAUGCUUAUAUAUUUUUUUGAAAAUGUCAGGAGUAGUGAGUUGUGCCAUGUAAGUUUUCAUUUAUUGGCUGGGAGGUAAAGCCUCAGGAGACUGGCUGUGUGUGACAUGCAGUCAUCUAUAAUCGGUUGUCUCUGACAAUGUUCCCAAUUCAAUUGGCUGGCAACCAUUUUAGAGAUCAAAUUGUUUAAGGACCUAUCACAUGGCAACAGCUCUACCCAGUCAAAAGGACAGGGGUUGCACAACGGCCUACAAAUCUUUGAGGCUUUGUAAAAAGAAACUGCACUACCCAUCAUCUUCCAUCACAUUGAAUCAGGCUGGUUACAUACUUGUCUCUCUGCCCCUGCUCUCUCCCUCUACCUCAACCUCCGACUUACAUCAUCGAAAUUGGUUCUCUUUUGCACAUUAAAAUGCAAUGUCAACAUUGCCAAAAUAGUAUGGGUUUGAAAAAUGAGCUAGCCCUGAGAGUGCAAGUGCAGUACCCCCUCUCUGGUGAGAAUCAAUGAGACAGAGACCCCUCUGUGUUGUACCUGUGUGUGUGUGUGUGUGUGUGUGUGUGUGUGUGUGUGUGUGAGGGAGAGAGCUGUGCGUGUUUGUGAGUGUGUGCCAAGCUACACUGUAUGCAAGUUGCAAGUUAAAAAUGAUUGUUUUAAGACAUUCACUUUGCCCUAUCAUGACGUUGGUGGGUGAAGGUUGGAAAUGUAAUAAUGAUGAUGUACAAUCUUUUUGUGUGUAUAAACGUGCACUGUGAAAAGGUAGAGAGAGCACCACACUGUCAGUCCUCUGUCUUAUUGCACUGAGUGUUCUCUUGUUUUGCGUAAUAAAAAAGGAAAAAACAUGUUUGAGGAAAACAGUACUGUAUUCUGAUUGUCACUUGGGUUCCGUUGAGAGAAAUAAAUAAAUAUGAACUUGAAACCUGCUAUGAAAAAACUGUA